AUGGAGUUGGUGGCGGCAUUUACGGAACUACUUCCCAGCACGUGCAGAAAUAUAUUGCAAAAACUAUAUCCAGAACUGAGAAUGAAAAUUGCAGGACUGGAUAUGUACUUCAGGUUACCUAUUUCCAGAGAAAUAGGCCUGGGUAAAGGAGGGAUUUCUUGCUCGGUUAAAUCUUUGACUCACGUAUUAACUAAACCCGAAGGAGGACAUGGAGUUAUUUUGUAUCCUGGUGGAGCAGCUGAAGCCUUGUACGCACGACCAGGGCAAUAUAGAUUAGUGCUGAAAGACAGAAAAGGCUUUGUUAAACUAGCUUUGAAAACUGGGGCAUCUUUGGUACCAGUUUUUACGUUUGGAGAAGUGGACCUGUUUGAUCAAAUUCAAAAUCCUUUAAUAUGUAGGUUUCAACUAUUUUUCAAAAAACUAUUCCGUUUUACUUUUGCUUUGCCUCUUGGAAGUGGAUUUUUUCAGACGUCUUUUGGAUUGAUUCCACGAAGAAAACCACUUUUCACUGUUGUGGGGCAACCCAUAGAUGUAGUUAGAGUCGAAAAUCCAACGCAAGAAGAAAUUGACGAAUUGCACCAGAAAUUCAUAAAACAAUUAGUAAACUUGUUUGAUACAUACAAAUAUGAGUAUUUGGUGAAUCCAGAAGAGAGAAUUCUAGAGUUAUAA